GCGGCGACGUUGACGUACGGCUCAGCGCUCGAUGUGGCGUCUACAUAUAUAUGUCUAUGAAUAUGUCGAGCUUUCCUUAACUGAAGCAGAGGAAGAGGUGAAGGUGAAACUGUUUUAUAACCUUAUUGGGGAGACGGGCAGAGAGUUGUGUGAAACACUGAUGAGCGACGUGACUUCUGCCAGGAGGAAACUCAGUGACUUGACAAGAUUUGAUGAACACUGUAACCCCAAGGUGAAUGAGACAGUUGAAAGAUACCGUUUCUUCAUGAGAAAUCAAGGUAAUGAUGAAAGCAUUGACUCAUAUGUGACGGAUCUCAGAGUGUUAGCCAGCACAUGCAACUUUGGAGAAAUAAAGGACUCACUUAUACCUGACAGAAUAGUAUGUGGCAACAACAACUCAGGUCUGAGAGAGAGAUUUCUGAGGGAAGACAAGCUAACACUGGACAAGUGUUUACAACUGUGCAGAGCUACAGAGUCAUCUCGUGAAAAUAGCAGGACCAUUGAAGGUAACGCGGUGGAAGAAGUGCACAUGGUGAGACAUAAGGCAGGACAGGAUAAAAGCUUGAAUACUGUGUCAUGCAUGUUCUGUGGGAAUACACAUGAAAGAAAUAAACGUAAAUGCCCAGCUUUUGGAAAGCGCUGUAAAAAAUGUGGCAAAGAAAAUCACUUCGCUGUGAGAUGCAAAUCCAAAACAGAAAAAUGGAAAGAGGGAAAACAGGUGCACACUGUGACAGAACAGGACAGUGAUGACUAUGAGGACAUUUUGAGUGUUACCACGAGAGACAUACAGACAGAGACUGAUAAGGGGGCUAAAGAAGAGCCAGCCAAGAAUAGCCACCUUUUCGCAGGGAUGCUGGUGGACAAAGAGCUGGUGCAGUUCCAAAUAGAUUGUGGGGCCAAAUAUAAUGUCAUCCCUAUAAAUCUAGUGAACCCGGAUAUAAGACUGGAACCCACUAAGAAAGUACUAUUAAUGUACAACAAGACCAAGCUAUAUCCACUGGGAAAGUGCAAGGUGAAGGUGAGAAAUCUGAGAAACCAGAAACUAGGCUUGAGUUUGUGGUGGUCGAUAAGGACUGUAACCAGCCACUACUCAGUCUGAAGGCAAGUGAGGCAAUGAAACUUAUCAAAGUUCAGUAUGAAAACAUACUAGCUAUCGACAGCAUCGUGACAGAAGUAAAACCAUCACACAGUGACUUAAACAUGGAACAGAUAAAGGGUGAGUAUGCGGAUGUAUUCAGUGGUGAUGGCUGUUUUGAAGGGGAGUACAGGAUUGAGAUCGAUGAAAAGGUGGAGCCAGUAAAACUUCCUAAACGAAGAGUCCCUGUUGCGAUGAUGUAUCCUCUAAAAGAGGAAAUGAAGGAUCUGCAAAAGAGAGGAAUCAUUACACCUGUGGAGAAAAGUACUGAGUGGAUCAGCAGUCUUGUCACUGUACAGAAACCAAACGGAAAGCCGAGGAUAUGUAUUGACCUGAAACCAUUAAACAGAGCACUAAAGCGCAGUCAUUUCCCCCUGCCCACCAUCGACGACAUUCUCCCAGACCUCUCAAGAGCAAAAGUGCUCACAGUCUGCGAUGUCAAGCAUGGCUUUUGGCAUGUUAAACUGGAGGAGGAGUCGAGUUAUUUGACUACAUUUGCUACACAAUUUGGCAGAUUUCGGUGACUCAGGAUGCCCAUGGGAAUCAGUUCGGCUCCAGAGAUUUUCCAGCAAAAGUUAACGCAGGCGCUGGAGGGACUGCAAGGCAUAUACAUUAUAGCCGAUGAUGUGUUGAUAACAGGAAAAGGUGACACACAAGAGAUGGCCAACAAGGACCAUGAUGAGAAACUGAGACAGUUCCUCGACAGAUGCAGAGAAAAGAACAUAAAACUGAAUGUGGACAAAUUCAGGUUGAGACAACAACAGGUUCCAUACAUUGGUCAUCUUCUGACAGCUGAGAGUCUGAAAAUCGAUCCAGACAAGGUACGAGCAGUGAGAGACAUGCCAAGACCAACGGAUGUGAAGGGUGUACAAAGACUUGUGGGCAUGAUGAAUUAUCUCUCUAAAUUCUACCCACACUUAUCAGAUGAUUGUGAGAUACUCAGACAGCUCACACACAGAGAAAAUGUGCCCGUCAGGGUAUCCCAGACAUUGUGUUUUAAGAUAAUGGGCCGCAGUACACUUCCCAGGAGUUCUGACGUUUCUGUCAACUGUGGGAGUUCCAACACAAAACCUCAUCUCCUGGAUACCCACAAAGUAAUGGGAUGGCAGAGUCUGCUGUGAAAACAGCAAAACGACUGAUGAUGAAAGCCAAGGCAGCAGGCCAGCUUUCAUCAGGACCGCUCUUGGAGAGAAAACUGGUUCAGACAGCUUGACAUGGGACGAUGUGACCUCAG